AAUUUUUUUGCAAAAAUUAUUAUUAAUAUUUAAUGUAUGAUUUGUUAUAUUAAAUUUAUUCUUUUCAGUGAAAUUUUCUCAUGAACUUUCCAGCGAUUUUCCUUCCUCUUUUCUCAAUAAUUACUUUAUCGCAAAUUAUAUCUAAAGUUAAUGCUACAAAUCCAGUAGAAGGGUCAAAAGAACUAAAUACCGAAGGAGACAUUUCAGACUAUAAAGAAUACUUGGACACUUUUACAAUAAAGAAAUUUUUGGACAAGAACCAACUGCUACUUACCGAAAAUACACUUUUCUUGUCAUUUUUAACUCAAAACUAAUAUAUUCAUAUGUAAAA